AUGUUGUCGUACCUUCCUACCGCUAUCCAAGCCCUGGUAUCUUUAUUCCUUUCACACAAUGCAGCACCUACGAAUGAGUUGCACUUCCAACUGAGACAUACACAUUCUGUAUCAAACGGGUCGAGGAUUGUCUUCUCGGACGCCACCAAGUCUGGUUUCGUCUCCGGGACGUAUUCCGUCGAUACAAGACCUAUAAUCGUCCAUAAACCAUCUUCACGGACUGCGUACUCCAGUGCCAGACUUCACAGCAUGAGAGAGUUGCAGAACGAGAUAGAGCCGCUGGCGUGGAUCAGCGAGACGACGACCGGGCCGCAUACGGAGAAACGAGAGACACUGCUGCAGUUGGCGAAGAUGGCGUCGAAUUCCUACUUUAAUCCAAAGGACAAAGAAUGGUAUGAUUUGGGGGACGAGUGGAAUGCUACAUACUCUUAUGGAUGGGAGCCCGACGCUGAUGGCCUCCGCGGCCACGUUUUUGUGUCUACGGACGAGUCUACUGUCGUAAUUUCCAUUAAGGGCACGUCAGUACCAUGGUUAGGAGGUGGACCAACAGUUGUCAAGGAUAAGUUGAAUGACAACCUUCUGUUUUCGUGCUGCUGCGCUAGGGUGGGCCCUACGUGGUCAACGGUCUGUGGAUGCUACCAAGGAGGAUAUAAAUGCGGUUUAGAUUGCGUCCAGGAAACCUUGGUGGAGGAGAGCCUGUUCUAUCCUAUCGGGACGAAUCUUUACAACAACAUCUCGUAUAUGUAUCCCGAAGCCAAUAUUUGGCUUAUCGGACAUUCUCUUGGUGGAGCUUUGGCUUCGCUGAUAGGAACAACGUUCGGCGCGCCGGUGGUAGCUUUCGAAGCUCCCAGCGAGAGGAUGGCGGCUCGUCGCUUGCAUCUGCCUUCACCUCCUUCAACGCAACACAUAACACAUGUCUUCAAUACCGGUGAUCCGAUCCCGAUGGGCACAUGCACGGGAGUUGGAUCCACCUGUGCGACGAGUGGGUAUGCGCUGGAAUCGCGUUGUCAUCUGGGGAAACUCAUCAAAUAUGAUACGGUAAAGAAGCUGCGAUGGAGCGUCAGCGUUCAGAAUCAUCCUAUCAAGGUGAUCAUCGACAAUUUGUUCAAUGAAGAUUGGGAAGAUGGAAGAGAGGUUCCUGAACCUGUCGACGAGGAUGAAGAUUGCAUGGAUUGUUUCCAGUGGGAAUACAUAUGAUACCUGCUGUACACUCAUUACUUCAAUAAUUGUGGCAUUACCAUUCAGGGAAUUGAUGUAUCGACUGGUCCUGCGGACAUUCUGUACUGGAAACGACUGAGAAGAACACUGAAGUCCGCAAGCUGCGUUUGAGUUCGUUAACGACUCAAGCAAGGGCUUGAGUGCAGUAUAUUUGUUAUC